GGCCAGAGUGACGGUGACCAUGGCGGAGGGUCGAGUACGGCGGGUCAUCCCUGAGGAUCUCUCUAAUGUAGAGUUUGAGACGAGUGAGGAGGUGCAGGUGGUACCUACCUUUGAUAACAUGGGUCUGAGAGAGGACCUACUCAGAGGAAUAUAUGCCUAUGGGUUCGAGAAACCAUCAGCAAUUCAACAGCGUGCCAUUCGUCCCAUCAUCAAAGGCCGUGAUGUUAUUGCCCAGGCCCAGUCUGGUACUGGUAAAACUGCCACCUUCUCCGUAUCCAUCCUCCAGAUUUUGGAUAUUAAUGUUAGGGAGACCCAAGUCCUCACACUGUCACCCACCAGGGAGCUGGCUGUGCAGAUUCAGAAAGUUGUACUGGCACUUGGAGAUUACAUGAGUGUACAGUGUCAUGCAUGUAUUGGAGGAACAAACCUUGGGGAAGAUAUUCGCAAGUUGGAUUAUGGACAGCAUGUAGUUUCAGGCACUCCAGGCAGAGUGUUUGACAUGAUCAGACGCCGCACACUCAGGACACGUUCAAUAAAGAUGUUGGUCUUGGAUGAAGCAGAUGAGAUGCUUAACAAAGGAUUCAAGGAACAGAUAUAUGACGUGUACCGCUACCUUCCUCCAGCCACCCAGGUGUGCCUCAUCUCUGCUACAUUACCACACGAGAUCUUGGAAAUGACAUCAAAGUUCAUGACAGACCCUAUUCGCAUUUUGGUGAAACGUGAUGAAUUGACACUGGAAGGAAUCAAGCAGUUCUUUGUUGCGGUAGAACGUGAAGAAUGGAAGUUUGAUACUCUGUGUGAUUUGUACGACACAUUAACCAUCACACAGGCUGUCAUCUUCUGUAACACGAAGCGCAAGGUGGACUGGCUGACAGAGAAGAUGAGGGAAGCUAACUUCACCGUCUCAUCAAUGCACGGUGAUAUGCCACAGAAAGAGCGUGAUGCUAUUAUGAAGGAAUUCCGUUCAGGCCAGUCCAGAGUCCUCAUUACAACAGAUAUUUGGGCUCGAGGCAUUGAUGUACAACAGGUUUCCUUGGUGAUUAAUUAUGAUCUCCCAAAUAACCGUGAGUUGUACAUCCAUCGUAUUGGUCGAUCGGGUCGGUUUGGUCGUAAAGGUGUGGCCAUCAAUUUCGUCAAGAAUGAUGAUAUCCGAAUUUUGCGAGACAUUGAACAGUACUAUUCCACACAAAUUGAUGAAAUGCCCAUGAAUGUUGCGGAUCUGAUAUAAGUAGACCUGGACAAGAGCGUGCUUGAAUGUAUGUUGGUAUUAUCUUUUAUAGUAACAUUUACAUUCAUCCAUUCAAGUAUUUGAUACCUGAAAAUCUAGUUUGUAAGUAAUACUAUUGAUACACUAAUAACAUGCUAGUAUUUGUUAGGUUUUUUACAAUAUGAGUCAGAUCACCAAGUGUCAUUCAUUUAUGACAUGUACUAGAAAGGCCUUUCUUUAUAUGUUAAUUUUAUAUAUACUGUACUACAGUUUGUAGAUAAAUUUUUACUUGACCAUGUGUGUGUGUAUUUGGAAAUUUUACUUACUUUUAAGUUCAUUUCACAUUGUAAAAUACGGUAAUUUAUUUCAGACUGGCAUUGCAUAUGUAACUACUCUGUUCUUUGCAUAUUUUCGUUAAUGAGAAUAAAUUUUAUAAUGAAAUCAGUAAAGUAAUGCACCAAUGUGUU